UAGAUUGCGUGAGACAACGAGCGCGCGACUGCCCUUGAGCCCUCGCAAUUUAUGCACCUCCGGGACCGCCGGCCCACGUGGUGCACACACCGGCACAAACGUGGCUACCAAUAUUGCGGCCACAGACGAGACCGGUGCCGGGGUAGCGGGGGACGAGCUGAUGGUUCAAGUGGAAAGAUCGGCUCAUCAAGGAAUAUGGAUAUGUUGCGUGCCUUGCUACUGGCUGAGAAGGAGCAAAGCCGUGCACAAGGCGCUGCUCACCUUCGCCAUGCUGCUGGUCACCAGUCUGCUGGUGACCAGUCCGGUGCUAUUUCUUAUAACAACCCUGCCGGAGGGGGAGCAGCCCCGCAAGUGCGCGCCACUGGAUGAAGCUUGUAUCAGAGAGCGAGACGGGCCCGAGGGUGUUUGUAACACGGAUAUUUGCAUAGAAGCGUCGAAACGGAUUCUGUCGUCCAUGAAACGAGGCAUUGACCCCUGCAAAGAUUUUUACAAAUUCGCUUGCGGCGGUUUUCGCGAUCAACAGCCUUAUCAGCCGAGCUCGAGUUUCAACAUGCUCCAGGCGCAAGUUGACGAGCGUUUGCACAGAACGAUAGCAAACGAAACGGGACAAAUGGUCGCCGCUUUUGAGAAACUCGGCCAAUUUUACAACGUUUGUCGCGACUUUAAGAAGAAACGUGUAAAUUUCACACCCGUCUAUGAGCUUUUGGAUGAACUCGGUGGCUAUCUGUCGCCAAAAAGUACAGUACCGACCGACAUCACUCCUCUGAUUUCUGCGUUACUGAAAGUAAAUGGCGCGAUUCUAUUUGACUUGUACGUCGACGUAGAUCUUUAUGAUCGCACAAAGUUGUCGGUAUAUCUGAAUCUUCCUACGAAACAUCAGAGCCACGAGUUUCUCCCAGAGGACCGGAAAAACAAGAACAUCCAGAGAUUGCAUAGAAUUCGAGAGAUCUUUCAAGGAUUUUUGCCACAAAAUAUGAGCGCCGAAGAACGAUCGUCGGAGACGGAUCUGCUUUUGCAGUUCUGUUUGUCGCUCCAAGAGAUUUACCCCAAGCACAAAGACAUAUACAACUGGGUGGAUGUUGAUCAGAGGGUGUACGUUGCGUACAAUGUGACUUAUCUUCAGGAGAGCUUUGGUUACAUAAGAUGGAGGUCACUGCUAAAUGCAACGUUACGCUAUCACACGAACAGUAUUGACCUGCAUGACGACAACGACACGAAUCGGGUACACCAACCGCGAUUCAAGGACCAGCAGAUUUAUGUUUACGUCACUGCUCCACGUUACUUUCGCAGUCUCGGCAAAUUACUGAAUCGCUCAUCUAGACGGAUUAUUCACAAUGGAUUGCUGCUGCUCUACGCCACGGAUACGUUGCACGAUAUAGUCAAUGUGACCGCUGUCAGAGAAGACUGGGGAGUUUCUUGCUACAGAUUGACUAAAAACAUCUUCAGCGAAGCCGUCAGCACGCUCUAUGUUCGACAAUACACCGCGAAAAAUCUAGAAACUCUGGUUAACAGGGUCACCGCGUUGUUCGAACGUGUGAAAGAAACGAUAGCCGAGCGUAUAUUAAUAAAUUCGUGGCUUGACGAUGAGACCAGAACACAAGCGUUGUUGAAAUUAAAUUCUCUACGAGGGCAAUUUCAAAUGUCGCCCGUUUUUUACAACGACACAUUGUUAGCACAUGAAAUGUCCGAGGUUGCAAUUGAUUCGGACGACUUUAUCGCCACCGUUCUGAGGAGGUUUCGUCAGAUACGGGAAGUAAAAGACCAAAGUAUGUUACGAAAAACCAUAAUAGAAAGACGACACUAUCCUUAUUCCGUGCAAGCUUAUUACGAAUCGUCCACAAACACAAUCGGAAUUCCAUUGGCUAUGAUGACGUCUUGGGCUUGGUCGUGGGACGGUGGUCCGGCUUACGCGGUUCACUCUACUCUAGGAUCGGUCAUUGCCCACGAGAUCCUCCACGUUUUCGAUUUCCAUCGUAAAUCGUCCGCGAGUCCGGAUCAAAAUAAUAACGACGAGAAGUUUUGGAUCACGCCGGAUUCCUGGAAACGACUCGAAGCCAAGAUAGAAUGUAUGGCGAGACUUUACGCAAGAAGCUUUUGGCGAAAAGUUCAGUCUUACGGGAAUGACGUUGCCGUACAGUUCGAUUGGAAUAUGACGAGAAACGAGAACGUUGCGGAUAUCGGAGCUUUGCAAAUUUCUCACAAAACUUGGCACAUCCUGACAAACGGGAAGGAUCGGAGUCUUCCUGGACUGGAGGGACUCCGACCGAGCCAACUUUUUUUCAUUAGUGCUGCUCAAGUUUACUGCAUUAACACGACUGCCGAGGCCUACGACUCCGUUGAAUUCGACUACCUUUCUCAUCCCGAAAGAGUUAACGGUAUGAUGAUGAAUUCUCAAGCAUUCGCAGAAGCAUUUCGCUGUCCACUCGGAGCAAAAAUGAAUCCUCCGAAUAAGUGCACUGUUUGGUAAAGAUAGUAUACAAUGUAACAUGUGUAAAUACACACAUACAAAAUAUACAUACACAUAUACA